GCCCGGCCAGCGCCGCCACAGGGCCGGAGGAGAACUACUAGUCCCGGCGCACCCCGCGGCCGACCGGAGGCCGUGACCCGCCGCGGGCCGAGGGAGCGGCUCCGUCAGGAAGGCGGCAGAGGGGCCCGGUCACCCAGCCGCAGCCAUGAGCUCGGCCAGGGAGUCCCAGGGCCACCACGGCCUCAAGCGAGCGGCUUCCCCCGAUGGCUCCAGCAGCUGGGAGGCGGCGGACCUCGGCAACGAGGAGCGGAAGCAGAAGUUCCUGCGGCUGAUGGGCGCUGGGAAGAAAGAACAUACUGGCCGCCUUGUUAUCGGAGACCACAGAUCAACCUCUCACUUCAGGACAGGGGAAGAAGACAAGAAAAUGAAUGAAGAACUGGAGUCUCAGUACCAGCAGAGCAUGGACAGCACCAUGUCCGGACGAAACCGGCGCCAUUGCGGACUUGGUUUCAGUGAGUUUCAGGAAAGUGAAGAACAAGAAGAGGCAGCUGGACACUCCUCUGAAGAGAGUUCAGAGGACUCUGACAGCGGCUCGGAGUCAGAGCAAGAGGAGUCUGCAGAGGAGCUACAAGCUACUGAGAAACAUGAUGAAGCUGAGGUUCCAGAAACCAAAAAAGAAGCAAAAAGCAACUAUAAAAUGAUGUUUGUUAAAGCCAGUGGUUCAUAACUGCAGAUGUAACAGCUUUGUAUUUAAAGUACAGUAAGCCUUAUUGUUACAGUGCAAAGUGGAGGACUGCUACAGCACAAAUCUUUGUAUUAUGAUUUUAAGAAAACCCCCUUAGAUGACAAAAAUUAGUGUUUGCUUUCAGUUGCCAUAGAUAACAUUUUUAUGGGCACAGUGAUAUUACUGGGUUUUGUAAAGUGUAUAAAAUACUGGAUGGAGAAAUAAAUUCUUUUUGUUCCUGCCCAAUCUCUACAAUGUUAUCUAAACUAUCCUUCCCUUUGUUCCAUGCCAGAUAAGGAAACUUCAUGUUAGUGGUUUCUUUUGUUAGUACCCCAGUCUUGAGUUUUUAACUAUAAGAUGACAUGUGAAUUACUGGAUGUUGCAUUAGUUGUACAAUACCAAUAUCAGCACUAUUCUGUGAUGUACUAGAGCUUUAAACAAUGAUUUUGUCUAUAGAUGCUAGUGUCAACAGGGCUGAGAGGAGAAAUUGCUCACUUUGGUGAUAGUAUUAAUUGCUCUAUCCAUCUGAAGUCCUGCAGUGGCUGGGUAGGAGAGUAUGUUCUAGGAGCACGUAAUACAACAGAAUGCUCUUAAUUGCUUCUUUGGGUUUAUAAUGAGGGGGAUAAGCAGAAAAGAAUGACUUUUGAAUUACUGGCUCCUGGUUAUAGCUCUGAGUUGUUAUUAAAAAUAAGUCCUCCCGAAGAAUCCAGUUUACCUUGAAAGAGAAAAUAUACUUUGAUAAUGAAAAGGAUAUACAGAUAAUUUAGCUUUUUUAAACAUAGAAUACAGAGUUAAGUACACACGCCCUCCUUCCUUUUCUCAUCAUUCACAGGUCACUUGGAGGUCAAUUAUCACAAAAAGGUCGUACCUCUCACGUAAAGUUGGGAUGCUUAAAGAGUCAGGAGUUCCAGUCACUCCUUCCAGCAAGGAUUAAGCACAUCCAUUCCUCUGCAAAUUUAUAAUUUACUGUAUUCAAGUAAUUACUAAAAUACCAGAACCUUUUAGACUUGGUUUCCUCUAAGUACAUCAGACAGAUCACCUGUCUCUCCUUGCUGGGAGAACAGAACAUCUGACCUGCACCUCUCUGACAGCCUCAUUCUGCCCCAAUAGUGUUUCAAGAAACAUUCCAGAUGCUUGUGGAGAAUCUUCCAUUUCUGUGUACAGAUUUGUGGUGUGCAGACAACAUCUGCAAGGCAGUUGGCUUACACGAAAGCAGCAGUAUGUACUACCAUUGCAUAGGUUUAUUGGAGGUAAACAUUGCAGCAGCAGUUACAGGGGGAGGACUUGGAAUAAGUUACAUUAUGGAAAAAAAUAAAAGUAAUAUUGUAAAUAAAAA